CAUCGGGUGGUAUGUGUUUCUUGAACAAGGAAUGGUACAAUGAUAAGUCCUCCGGACUACUUCGUGAUUCGUGGAAAUCACUCGAUCUUGUUUACGUAGAAUUAACAGAAAUCUUUAGACAGAACGAUCCCGAAUUUAAACAUUAUUGCACCAACUUGCGAUAUAGAUUUUUAAACGAGGAUACGUUUCAGUAUCUAAAAAAAUGUAAUUAUUUAAAGGAUGAUGCGGAGAUUCGUAAUAUCAAUCCUAGCUUACGAAUGAUAAAACAAAUAACAAGUAGUCAAGAUUCAAGAGUAGGAGAACUUCUGAAGAAACACAAGACUCUUGAGCUUUUGUUCAUGAAUCAUAUACAAUCUGAAUAUGUAUUACGAUUACGAUUGAACUGCCGUAUUAUGGUCAUUCAGAAUUACUCAAAAUCAGUUGUCAACAGAUCAUCAGGAGUAUUCAUUGGAUGGUCGACCAAGAUCCAAUCACAGAAAGAGAAAGGGGAUCCUGUGAUAAGAGUAAAAAGAGAAUAUAAUUAUCGUAAUCUUGAUAUCGAUAAUGGAGAAAGGUAUUUUGAUCACGAUGAUAAUGAGAAGGUAUAUAUACGAAAACAAUUUCUAGUGAUACCAUUUUACGCAAUGACAGUAUAUAAAUUCCAAGGCACUACUUUAAAACAAGCAGUAGUAGAUCUACGAGGGUGUAGCCAGAAACUCGCAUAUACCGCAGUGUCACGUAUCAGUACACAUGAUUCAUUAGGAGUAUUAAAUUUAACGCGAAUAGUCUAUGAUCGCCUAACGAGAACAACAAAAGAAGAUCAG